UACAAACGAACAAUCCUUGUAUAUAUCAUAAUUUAUUAUAUACAACGUGAUAACCUUUUAUGUCAUCAAAAAUUGUAAAAAAUCUAAAAAUAAUUUACUUGGUUCAGGUGACUGGCCAUUCGAUUGAACAAUGGCUAACACUUUCAAAUAUUUAAAUAAAAUAUCCAAUAAUUUAAGAGCAAUCUCUACUACUCAUCCAAAAAAUGAUGCUUGGCUUUCUAAAAUCUUUGUUAGGAAAAUCGAACCCACCAAAGAAUCCCACAGUCGUAUGUUGAGCGAUAAGGAAAUAAUUUACUCUCUGCAAACACAUAAUUACAGACCAGAUUCUAAGGUUGCAUAUCUGAACAAUGUAAAAAAUACAGUCAACUUUAUAGGAUCCCAAGAUUCAUUAAAAAAAGAUGUGGAAUUGGUUGGAUCUUGGACAGUAAACGUAGGUGAUCAAGAUCAAGCUUUACAUUUAUGGAAAUUCACAGGAGGUUAUGAAACAAUUGAUCAAUUUAAUGCUUUAGUGGGUAAUAGCCAGGAAUUCCAGAAACUUAUCGAUGAACAGGGUAAAAUCGUGAGAUCACGUCACUUACAGUACCUUCUUGCCUUCAGUUAUUGGCCUCAAAUUUUACUCAGGGAGCCAAAAAAUAUUUAUGAAAUCAGAAGUUAUGCACUCAAGCCAGGAACAAUGAUUGAAUGGGGCAACAAUUGGGCUAGAGCUAUCAACCAUCGACAAAACAAUAAUGAGGCUUUCGCUGGAUUCUUUUCACAAAUCGGGAGAUUGUACAAUGUACAUCAUAUUUGGUGUUAUAGCAAUUUGAAUGGUAGAAAGGAAACGAGAGAAAGUGCCUGGCGGUCACCAGGAUGGGACGAAUGUGUUGCUUAUACGGUUCCUUUGAUAAGAGAGAUGCACUGCAGGAUAAUGGUGCCAACAGAAUUUUCGCCCACUCAGUAGUCUACUCUGAAGUCUUCAAAUUAUCAAUACAAAUGCUACUAGAUCAAUAAGAAUUGGUUGGGAAUCAAACUUGAAGUAUCUAGUAUCAUUUUUAAAGUUGUAAAUAUGACUUGAUAUUAAUAUUUACUCAUCAACUAUAAGCAUUUUA